AUGGAGAAAGGGACGAGUUCAUGGGCAUCAUCCGGAUCUUCAUACGAGGUUUUUCUAAAUUUUCGAGGAGUAGACACCCGUCAUGGAUUUACCGAUUUUCUAUACCAUGGGAUGGUUGGUGCUGGAAUCCUUGUCUUUAGGGAUAGCGAAUCCCUCCAUGUUGGCGAAGAAAUUGGUGCUGAACUUCUACAAGCAAUUGAGAACUUCAAGAUUUACAUUCCCAUAUUCUCUGCAAAUUAUGCUUCAAGUUGCUGGUGCCUCCGAGAGCUUGCGAACAUGGUCGAGUGCACAUUGAAAUCAAAUGGGAACAAGGAGAUUCUGCCUAUUUUCUUGGACGUGGAACCUGUUGAUGUCAAGCUGAAAACAAACUUGUAUAAUCAAACUCUUUCAAAGCGCCAGAAGACGUUGUGCAGUGAAGCAGAGUCAUGGCAAAAGGCUCUCAUUGCAGUGGGCAAGAUAAAAGGAUGGAACUUGAAGAAAGAUGAAAGGGAGGCAAGUGAUGUCAACAGUGGCAUGAUGGUGGUAGAGGCCGACGGUGAUGGUGACUAA